UGAAGGAAAAGCUACGUCGCUACGUCCAGGUUCCCGCAUUUGCACGUUUUCCCAGCCGAAGUCAGGGUGCCCCGCGCCUCAGUCCCCGCCCCGCUCCGCCCCGCGGGGUAUUCUGGGAGGCUACGUUGCGAGUCUCGGGUCGCUGGGAGGGUUUCCAGAGCCAGCGGCGCUGGGAGGACCUUGUUCUCCAGAAGAGAAAAUUAAAGGAAGGAAGAAUGGCGGUUGGACUAUGUAAAGCCAUGUCCCAGGGUUUGGUGACAUUCAGGGAUGUGGCUCUAAAUUUUUCCCAAGAAGAAUGGGAAUGGCUGGACUCAUCUCAGAAGGAUUUGUACAGAGAUGUCAUGUUGGAGAACUACAGGAACUUGGUAUGGCUUGGACUCUCCAUUUCUAAGCCCAACAUGAUCUCCUUAUUAGAGCAAGGAAAGGAACCUUGUAUGGUGGAGAGAGAAAUGUCAGAUGGUCAGUAUGCAGACUGGGAGUCUUGGUAUGAAAUCAAGGCAUUAUCUCCAAAAUGGUACAUUGAUGAAGAGGAAAUAUCCCAGGGGAUAAUAAUGGAAAGACUUACAAGUUAUGGUCUUGAAUGCUCCAGUUUCAGAGCAUCUUGGAAAUAUGAGGGUGAAUUUGCGCGACAUCAAAGAAAUGAGCAGAGGCAUUUCAGGCAAGUGACGACUCAUAAGGAAAUCUCUGCUAUGAAAAGAGACAAUGAAUAUAAUAAUUCUGAGAGAAAUGUUCUCUUGAAGUCAGUACUUUUAAAACAACAGAGAGUUCCCACAGUAGAGCAAGCACAUAAAUUUGAUAUUUAUGAUAAAAUGUUCCCCCCAAAUUCAGUCCUAAUUGGACAUAAAAGGCUACAUGCUGAGAAGGAAUCUUUGAUAGGUAAUGAAUGUGAAGAAUUCAACCAGAGUACAUACCUUAGCAAAGAUGCAGAAAUUCCUCCUGGGGGAAAACCUUAUGAAAGUAAUGAUUUUUCAAAUCUCUUAAGUUUCCACUCAUUACUUACUCAACAUCGAACAACUCAUUUUGGAAAAUUGCACCAUGGAUACAAUGAAUGUGGUGAUGCCUUUAGCUGUUACUCAUUCUUUACUCAACCUCAGAGAAUUCUCAGUGGAGAGAAACUGUAUGUGUGCAAUGACUGUGGAAAAGCCUUUAGCCAUGACUUCUUUCUCAGUGAACAUCAGAGAACUCAUAUUGGGGAGAAACCAUAUGAAUGUAAGGAAUGCAACAAAGCUUUCAGACAGAGUGCACACCUUGCUCAACAUCAGAGGAUCCACACUGGAGAGAAACCCUUUGCAUGCAAUGAAUGUGGGAAGGCCUUUAGCCGUUAUGCCUUUCUCGUUGAACAUCGGAGAAUUCACACAGGAGAGAAACCAUAUGAAUGUAAGGAAUGUAACAAAGCCUUCAGACAGAGUGCACAUCUUAAUCAGCAUCAGAGAAUUCACACUGGAGAGAAACCCUAUGAAUGUAAUCAAUGUGGAAAAGCCUUCAGCAGACGCAUAGCCCUUACUCUGCAUCAAAGAAUUCAUACAGGAGAGAAACCUUUUAGGUGUAAUGAAUGUGGGAAGACAUUUGGCUAUCGCUCACACCUUAAUCAACAUCAAAGAAUUCACACUGGCGAAAAGCCCUAUGAGUGCAUAAAAUGUGGGAAGUUUUUUAGGACUGACUCACAACUUAAUCGACAUCAUAGAAUUCAUACUGGAGAGAGACCUUUUGAAUGCAGUAAAUGUGGGAAAGCCUUCAGUGAUGCUUUAGUUCUAAUUCAUCAUAAGAGAAGUCAUGCAGGAGAGAAACCCUAUGAAUGUAACAAAUGUGGGAAAGCAUUCAGUUGUGGCUCAUACCUUAAUCAACAUCAGAGAAUUCAUACUGGAGAGAAACCCUAUGAAUGUAGUGAAUGUGGAAAGGCUUUCCAUCAGAUCUUAUCCCUUAGGCUACACCAGAGAAUUCAUGCUGGAGAAAAACCCUAUAACUGUAAUCAAUGUGGGAACAAUUUUAACUGUGCUUCAGCCCUUAGACGACAUCAGAAAAUUCAUAAUAGAGAAGCUCUCUGACUGUGUAUAACAAAUACAAGAAAACAUUGAGUCACCAGUCAAUCCUUAUUAAAUAAGUAUCAGUGAAUUUUUCAGUUAGUAAUUCUUUGGAUAUAGUACAUAUGGAAAAGCCUUCAUUUCAUGAGCAUCCCUUAUUUGAAAUAGCCUAAGUGGUAGACAUCUAGUACUUUUAGAUCUCUUCUAUGCCCCAUUUGAGACCCAACUCACCUUCAGUGCAUAUCAUUCUGAUGAAAUUGUUUAAUCAGGGAGAGCAGUGGAUUGGUCAUAGGCUGGCCAAUUAUUUCCGUCAAUCUAAUGAUGGAUAAGAGAUUUACAGAUGGCCCUGUCCCAACCAAUAGAGUCCUCGGGGGUCAUCGUUAUGGGUAGUAAGAAAGGAUCAUCCCCCGUACCUGGAAUUGCAGGAUUUAAGGAUUAUGUAGCAGAGUUAAAAACUCACCAGUAGCCGUUUUGCCACCAUAUGAAGAAAGCCUUCCCAGGAUAAAUCCAACACAAAGGAAAAUGGAGAUCAGAGACAGAAAUUUUAGGAUAUUGUUUGAUCUGUAUCCAGUCAUGCCCCAAAUCUGUACCAUCUUUUACUUUUUCAUUUUUGUGAUCCAAUAAAAAAUUCUUUUUGCUUAAGUUAAUUUGAUGGGAAUUUUGGCCUCUUGGAAUUCCAGUCCUGACUCACACCCUGUGUUUGCUACACAUGUGAGAAAGCCUUAAUCUUUUGUAUGGUAUAAUUAUUUAUCCUGAGGAGAAACCUUGUAACAUGUAUGUGAAAAAUACACAGCCUUCAUAAAG